AGCCAGCCACGCACGCGAAGCAACGACGCGAGCGGCAGCCAAUCUCCCGGAGAAAGCCAAGCCAAGGUCGCCGCCCGCCGCCCGCCGCCGCCAUGGGGAGUCUCGGCGGCAUGUCCGACUACGAGAGCGUCCGCGACGCCCGCAUCUCCGAGAACCUGGCCCGGAUGGAGAUGCUCGGCCUGCGCCGCUGCGCCGGGGAGCUCAGCGCCAUCACCUCCGCCUCGGCGUCGGCCGCCAGCCGCCGCGCCGGGAUCGUCGGCACCCCCAGGAAGAGCCCCAGGCCGCCGCGGGCGCUCACCCCGCUCCGCCGCUCCGGUCGGUUCAGCGCCAUCGCCGCCGCCGCGGCCCCGACCGGCUCUGCGUCGGGCCCUCGACGCUCCGCCCGGCUGAAUGGGCGGACCUUGGAGUUCAAGGCGCUGCCUCUGAAAGGAUCUUUGAGUAAGUUCGCUGCGGAGGAAGCAGAGGAAGAGGAAGAUGGGGAAGAAGAGAAGAAAGCGGCGGUGGUGAUCGACAAGGAGAGGGUGCGGAUCCUGCAGGAACGGAGGUGUGACAGCAAGGGGAGGGGCGCCGUGUACGACACUGUUCUUGGGAUUUGCUGCCAUUUCUGCAGACAGAAGAAAUUGUGCGGUGAGGAGGGCUGCAAGCGCUGCGGGGAAGGAGACCUGAACCAACCUUGCAUAGGGAAGACUGACUGCUCUUCUUGCCAUUCUUCUUAUGGGAUACUCUGCCGUGGCUGCCUGAAAGUGAGGUAUGGGGAAGAUAUGGAUGAGGUCAGGAAGAACAAGAACUGGAUGUGCCCUCAUUGCAUCGAGGAGAAAGGUAUCAAGCAAUUCUGGAUAUGCAACAGCUCCAUCUGCUUGAAGAAGAGGAAGUUAUCACCAACUGGAAUAGCCAUAUAUGACGCGCGGGAGCAAGGUUACGAGUCUGUUGCGCACCUUCUCAUGGACAAGCUGAAGUGCCGAGCAUUCUGACGUGUUCUUUGCCAUUCAGAGACGUUGAUGAUGGUUGGUACUUGCUAGUGUAGCGGAAGGUGGAAGGCAUCCUUUUGUUUUGUUUUGUUGACACUUGACAGUAGGCGUGACGCAUCUAGUGUAGAAACGAGUACCACUUUUGUGCUCAAGAUUGUGAAUUUAGUGGACCUUUUGUAGCCGAUGUUUCCAUAUACCGUUUGUUUUGAGGGCAACUGGACUAUUGACUAUUCUUCUGAAGAUCCAUGCAAGGAAACAUGUAUUGCUUUGUGAAUCAGUGGUUGAUGUGAUGACCGUAGCUGUCUGCUUCUGGCUAAUUUUAU